AUGACAGCAACAAACAACAACAGCAACUAUAUCGUUUCUGAUGAAAAAGUUAUUGAUUCAUUAGCUGAGGAAUUAGUUGUGGCAGAAACUAAAACCCUCAACGAAAGAAUUGGUGA